AUGACAAACCCACAAGACAAUCCUGGAACUCCUCCACCACCCACUGCCUCUAAUUCAUCUACCCCUCCUCCACCUAGCACAUCUCCCAAACCCAGGCUGAGAAGGGUAAAAAUGCUUGCUCGGAAAACAGUAGUGUCUGGGGCUCUCUCAAAGAAAUUAAAUGAGAAAUUAAAGGCAAGCCAGGUCCAAGACUCUAACUCCAACUCUGGUUCUGAGUCAUACAAAUCGGCUAGUGAGGGGGAGGACCUGGAAGAGACUGGCAAAAAGCCAGGGGGAAGUGGUUCUGGUGAAGCUGCUGAAGGGUUAGUUAAUCUAUGUGCACAAGAAGAUGAACUUGGUUCAUCAACUAAAGAGACCCUAGCAGACUUGUUGAAAAAGGUUGGGGGAAGAUCCACAAGAAGCAGGGUGAAACAUAGCGAGAGUGAUCUACAAAAGGCUCUAGCUGAGAGUAAGAAGAAAAGGAUGGCUAAAGGAAAGGGGAAGGUGGCAGAGUCUUCAGAGGCUGUGGAAGUUGAGGAGAUGGAACAAGUUCAUCAAAAGGAAGUUCCAACAGUGGAGGAAUGA